AUGUCCAUUCGCCGCGAAAUCGAUAAAGACGGAGAUCUCAUUUUUGUGCUCAGCCGGCUGGGUCUAGACGACUCCGAUGUUGCCGAAGACGGUGAAGACGAUGUAGACGCCGACGCAAAGCUACUGGAAUACGAACAGUUGCAGAACAAAGAACUGAGAGUAUCUUCGAAGGUCCUUAUGUUGAACUCGCCAGUCUUCAAAGCGAUGCUAGGCGGGAAGUUCAAAGAAAGCGCGGAACUGGCCAAGAGCACCGGACUCUCUCUUCCUUACAGUCUUGAUCUCCCGGAUGACGAUGCCGAAGCCAUGUCUAUCUUGAGCCAGAUUCUUCACAAUGCCUACGUUACCGAGAGACCAAAGCCGAUUGGCCUUGCGAGGCUAGCUUUCGUGAGCGACAAGUAUGAAUGCACCGGGGCACUCAAGUACUGCGGGAUGGUAUGGAUCAGGGAUUGGCUCUCGGAUUACGACGAGAAUGUGCCGCCAAUGUCCGACCUUUGUCACCUUUUGGUCUUCUCGUAUGUGAUAGACCUUCCUCUGGAAUUUUCGGAAUUGUCUUGGAGAAUCUUUUUACACCACGAAGGGCCAAUUUUGCGAACCUCGGAGCAAGUCAGGGUUUUAGCAGACCAUCCUCUGCUGAGGCACGAUAUCAUUCGUAAGUCAAUUCAUUAA